CUAAUGCCUUCAUGAAGCAGUACUCGACCCAUAUCCUGAAGCAAGCCUCUGAGGCCGACCUCUGGAAAGUCAGACAAGGAAUGGGGGACUCGCUAAGAGUCUACAUCGAGAAAUUCAGAGCAGUAAGAACUAAGCUCUCGAAUCCCAACGACCAAGUCGCCAUCGAGGCCCUUAGGAGAGGUCUGUGGUAUAAAUCGGAUUUCUGGUCGGAGCUAACACUCAAUACUUCUCCAACUAUCGAUGAUGCUCUUCAUAAAGCCACUAGACAUAUUACUUUGGAGGAAGAGACAGUUGCACUGGAUAAACUCCACAGGAAACCUCAGAAUCACUCGAAAGAUGAAUCCUCAAAGGCAAAGGGACCUCAUAAAAGGGGGAACCUCCGAAACAAUCAAACUCAGGGAGAACAUUCUUAUGCAAUCGAGGAGGAUAAGGAAGAAAAACUUGUCGCCGCAGCAAACAAAACUCCCUGGUCAAAAGGCUUUGAUAAAAGCAAACGUUGCUCCUAUCAUGAUCGAGAAGGACACUCAACUGAGGAAUGUUGGGACCUCCAACGACAACUGGCAGCUAAAUUCGCAGCCGGAGAAAUAAAGGACGUGGACCUUAAAAAGCCAUCGCCCUAUCAGAAAAGAGGUCCCAGAGACACCUCCCCAAAGCGCGAGAGGUCACUUGAGAAGGAGACCGAUUCGCCACCUCCAGCUCCCAAGAAAAGAGUCUAUAUGAUUCUUGGAAAAUUCCCCCAAGGAAAAAGUCUACAAGUCGAAGCUCUCUUGAGCAAACCGUCCCCUCAAUCGAGCCCCGACUCGAGGGUGGACUGUAUCCUUGGAGGAUCAGAUAUAUGUCAAGACUCCGUUAACUCCAUUAAGAAUCACGUACGGAAGGCUGUGUCUAACACUGGACAUCACAGGAUACGAGGUGCCUAAACUCAUGAUAGACAUAGGAAGCUCUGUCGACCUUAUUUUCUACAACACCCUGAAAGGGAUGGAAAUAGACGACUACGAAAUUAUUGGCCAAAAAGCUAAUCUCGUAGGCUUCUCCGGAGAAACAACUACCUCAUUGGGAACUAUCAAGCUCCCAAUCAUAGCUGGCGGAAUAAUGAAAAUGACCAACUUAGUAGUCAUCGACAGACCUUCCCCGUUCCAUGCGAUCCUAGGAAGACCCUGGAUUCACAAGAUGAAAGCAGUAGCCUCGACUUAUCAUCAAUGCGUGAAAUUCCCAACACCUGAAGGAAUAACUACCGUACAUGGUAGCCAGAAGAUCUCCAGGAUCUGCUACCUGGGAGGAUUCGAAAUCCUCAAAAAGUCCCCCCAAUAGCAAUUACAGAUCCAGGAGAGUCGCGAAAUGCAACAAAAUAUUCGAGGUCCCCCUAAAAACCUCACCGAAAAAGUUUGCAUCGACGACUCAAAUCCUGAAAGACAGGUGAGCAUCGGAUCUGAGCUACCUCUUGAGACAAAAAAGGAGCUCAUUGACUUCCUGAAAAGCAAUGUCAAAACCUUUGCAUGGUCCACCAAUGACAUGAAAGGUAUAGACCCGAACGUCACCACCCACAAACUGAAAGUAGACCCCACUUUCAAACUGAUCAAACAAAAGCGUCGCAAGCUAGACCUCGAAAAGGCUCAAGCUGUUAACGACGAAGUUGACCGACUUACGAAAGCUGGGUCCAUUCGAGAGGUACACUACCCUGACUGGUUAGCUAACCCGGUAGUUGUAAAAAAGAAAAACGAGAAAUGGAGAAUCUGUGUAGACUUCACCGACCUAAACAAGGCUUGCCCUAAAGACAGCUUCCCGUUACCUCACAUUGACCGCCUGGUUGAAGCAACAGCUGGCCAUCGACUCAUAUCCUUCAUGGAUGCCUUCUCAGGAUACAACCAAAUCAUGAUGGAUCCUGAAGACCAGGAAAAAACUGCAUUCAUAACCGAACGAGGAACCUAUUGUUACAAGGUUAUGCCAUUCGGGUUAAAGAACGCAUGAGCUACCUAUCAGAGGCUAGUAAAUAAGAUGUUUGCUGGGCAACUCGGAAAAACCAUGGAGGUCUAUAUUGACGAUAUGCUAGUCAAAUCCUCAGCUGGAGAAGACCGUAUCUCCCACUUAAGAGAAUGGUUCGAUAUCCUCAAUAAGUACGAUAUGAAGCUCAAUCCCACUAAAUGUACCUUCGGGGUACUCUCAGGCGAGUUCCUAGGCUAACUCGUAACUGAAAAAGGCAUUGAAGCCAACCCUCAGCAGAUAGCAACCUUCUUAGAAAUGCCGUCACCUAAGACAACCAGAGAGGUACAGAGAUUGACUGGACGAAUCGCAACAUUAAAUCGAUUCAUAUCCAAGUCCACCGACAAAUGCCUCCCAUUCUACAAACUUCUAAGAAAUAAUAAGAAGUUCUUAUGGGACGAGAAACGUGAGUAAACCUUCAAACAAUUGAAAGCUUACCUCUCCGAACCUCCGAUCCUAUCCAAACCUGUAGUAGGAGAGCCACUCUACAUGUACCUCGCCGUAUCGACUGCUGCAGUUAGCGGUGUGCUGGUCCGAGAGGAACAAAACGAACAAAGACCUGUCUAUUACACCAGCAAGAGUCUGAUAGAUGCCGAAAAAGGUACCCCGCAAUGGAAAAAUUAGCGCUAGCGGUCGUAACAGCUGCCAGGAAAUUGCGACCUUACUUCCAAUCGCACUCGAUCGUCGUAAUGACCUCGCAACCAUUACGAAUGAUAUUGCACAGCCCCAGCCAGUCAGGGCGAUUGGCUAAAUGGACCAUAGAACUCAGCGAAUACGACAUUGAGUACAGACCUCGAGCAGCAGCGAAGCUCAGGUCCUUGCCGAUUUUGUCAUUGAGCUAGCAUCCGAGCAAUUAGACUCCGAAAUGGAAUCUCCAAAAUGGAGCAUGUAUGUCGACGGAGCCUCAUCAAAACAAGGCUCCGGUGUCGGGCUAAGGCUGACUUCCUCAGCUGGAGAAACCAUCGAGCAGUCCUAUAGGCUCCGAUUCAGCGCCUCAAACAACGAAGCUGAAUAUGAAGCACUAAUCGCAGGGUUGAACUCGCCCUAAGCCUCGGAAUUCUAGAGCUAAACGCUUAUAGUGAUUCACAGUUAGUAGCUAGCCAAUUUCACGGAGAAUAUGAAACGAGGGACGAAAGAAUGGGGGCAUAUCUCGAAGUCGUCCAGAACCUCACUAGGCAGUUCGACAAGUUCGAGCUAACAAGGAUCCCACGAGGAGAGAACUCCUCAGCAGAUGCGUUGGCUGCUUUAGCCUCCACAUCAGACCCCCUCGUAAAACGAAUCAUACCCGUAGAAGGAAUCGAAAAACCGAGCAUCGACAUAGCUACUAAAGCUGAGAUAUACAGCAAGCAAAAAGAGCAAACCGAAGGUACCUGCCCUGAAAUGGUAGCUACCCAAGUUCUCACAACAUUCUGGUUCCCAAAAGCCAAAAUACGUAGUUUUAAAAAGCAUGCCUCCGGGAACACAAUCCAAAACACGGAAAACAACAAAGGUAUUCCCCGAAAUUCAGACUCCUUGAAGCCUAAUCUCACGAAUACCUCCGGGGGCACCAUCCAGACCUCGGACCCACUCGUCUGCAGAGUCAAAACCAGAAGUCGCCCAGCUCUCAAAAAUUCAUCUGGGGGCACCAUCCAGACCCCGGAGAAUAACGGAAAAAGUGGAGAUAUUCCUCAGAAUUUAGACUCCCUGGAGCCUAAUCCUACGAAUACCUCCGGGGGCACCACGACACCAGGUCCCGAACAGGAACCUCCCUCGUCUCUUCAUAACAAAGUUGUAGGGAGAGAGGAUUGGAGAAUACCAAUCACGCAAUACAUCCUGGAGGGAAAGACUCCACCCAAUAAAUGGGAGGCUCGAAAGCUCAAAGCAUUAAGCGCGAGAUAUUGUAUAAUCGAAUCCGUUCUCCACAAACGAAGCAUUUUCGGACCUUACCUAAAAUGCGUCCUUGGCCUCGUUGCUAUGAGACAUAUGAAGGAAAUGCACGACGGCUCCUGUGGAAACCACUCCGGUGGCAGAGCUCUAGCUAUCCGAAUCAAAAGACAAGGCUAUUUCUGGCCUACCAUUAUUGCAGACUGUGAGGUCUACUCUUCCUCAUACGACAAUUGCCAGAGGCAUGCACCGAUUAUACACCAACCUGCGGAGAAGCUAUCCAACAUAUCCGCCCUGUUGGGCCCAAAUAUGGCCCGUUAGAUGACGAUAUAACCAAAACAAGUAUUGGGCCGUGAUAAAGCCCAACGCGUAUCGGCGACCUUAGCUAAGGUUUAAUACGAAGCCGGAGGCUGGAAGCUAAGGGCAAUCUUCGAAGAGGUCACGGUGAAGAGGAAACUCACAUCAUAACAGAAGGAGCGCAUGACCCGGUCAAAGGGAAGCUGUUGCGGAUUCCUCAACAAACGGAGAAGAUCUCGAAGAUCAGUUAAAUAUAAUCAAGAGAAGUCCAAGGCUAUUUAAAGAGAAGGUCGAGGACUAAAGAAGGGGAUCCAGAAUCAACCCAUAUUCGACCCUUAUUCAUUUUUCACAAUCAUUCAUAUAAUCUCAAAAACACUUUGUUAUCUUUGUAAUCAUCAAGAGUAACAUCUCUUUGUAACCAAUCUUUUACCAAGUUAUCAAUACAAAAUCAUAAUUCAUUCUACAAGUUAUUACGGAAUUCAGCCCACAUUAUCUUUCCCUAACCUUUCCUAAACCUUAACCUGAUCUAAAAUCCAGGUGGUGAGUUUAAUCCCUCACAAUUGGCGCCGUAUGUGGGGAAGAAACAAUCGAAUCCCUUACUCUAACUUGAGGAUGAAUCCUACCAAUCAGACAACGAAUCGGUCUGACCUUAACCUCCCGAUUCAGAGCGAUGACUCAUCGAACGAUGGAGGCUCUAGUCUCGUAACUCCGGAGCCUCGACGUGGCGAUCACCGAUCUGGGCAACAGCCUCCGGCUAGCGCUCGAACGAGCCAGACUGCCACUGGAGCUAAUAACCCGAGAUCAUCAAGUGGAACCGCCCCCGGGCUUCCAGUCACCGAGAAUCCUCAGCAGCAAGCCACUCCGAAUCAAACGGAGGCUCAGCUCUCUGAGAUUCGUCAGAUGAUGAUGCAAUUAGUAGACAAAGCUCAGAAAAAUGAGCGUUCAAUGCAUCAGCUAGCUGUUCGGCAGCAACGAUUCCAAGAGAUAACUAGAUUUCUAAACGCAACGACCCAACCACCGCAACGUCAAACUCCGGGGGUCACUUUCCGAGAUCGAUUGACCGAUCCCUCGUUCCCCCGAGGACGUUUAGACUUUUCUCCUGACAGGACUGUUCCGGAAGGACGGGGAUCUGCUUUCCAGACGCCUCAUACUGGGACAACUCCCGCGUUUAACCCACCUAUCACCAGUGCUAUGGGAAGUAACGUAGCGAGAACCAGCUCCACACCCGGUCAGAUUGCUGACCGGAGCACUCGCUUACGUCCUCCGCCGCCUGUUUUUAGGUCUGGAGCAGGAGUAUCCUUCCCAUCCGGGGGCAGAACAUCAUCUUCGGUUUAUCAAACCAGAAGCUCAGCCCCGAAUGUGGACGGGUAUCAAAGGGCAGACUCCGAUAACCCAAGAGCUGGUGAGUGACUUAGCCCACCAACUGUAUGGAAAGAUGAACCAACAAGAUUCCGUCAGGAACCUGCCCAUCUGAUACCUAAUAACGACCCAAAUGUCCUUCCCUUAGAGGGACCUGAAGCUAUUCAUAGAUAUAUGGAACGAACUCACGCAGCUCUCCAAAAAUUAGGAGCUCAAGUCCACAAGGUAACGAGCUCAGCUCCGGAAAGCGAUAGCUUGAUUGAAGAAACUCGUGGAACUCCAUUCACUGACAGAAUUGCCAGCUCUUACAUAAGAGAUACCCGAAAAAUUAGAAUUCCCAAGUAUGAUGGGACCUCUGACCCAAAGGCCUAUUUGAGAGCCUUCCGAUUGGCUAUCGUGAAAGCCCAUUUUACACAGGAAGAAUGUGAAGCAGGUUACUGCAGGACAUUCGCCGAAAACCUGGUUGGAACAGCCCUUAAGUGGUUCUCUGGUCUCGAACCAGCCUCGAUAGAUAGUUUCGAUCAGUUAACUAAUGCCUUUAUGAAGCAGUACUCGACCCAUAUCCUGAAGCAAGCCUCUGAGGCCGACCUCUGGAAGGUCAGACAAGGAAUGGGGGACUCGCUACGAGUCCACAUCGAGAAAUUUAGAGCAGUAAGAACUAAGCUCUCGAAUCCCAACGACCAAGUCGCCAUCGAGGCCCUUAGGAGAGGUCUGUGGUAUAAAUCGGAUUUCUGGUCGGAGCUAACACUCAAUACUCCUCCAACUAUCGAUGAUGCUCUUCAUAAAGCCACUAGAUAUAUUAUUUUGGAGGAAGAGACAGCUGCACUGGAUAAACUCCACAGGAAACCUUAGAAUCACUCGAAAGGUGAAUCCUCAGAGGCAAAGGGACCUCAUAAAAGGGGGAACCUCCGAAACAAUCAAACUCAGGGAGAACAUUCUUAUGCAAUCGAGGAGGACAAGGAAGAAAAACCUGUCGCCGCAGCAAACAAAACUCCCUUGUCAAAAGGCUUUGAUAAAUGCAAACGUUGCUCCUAUCAUGAUCGAGAAGGGCACUCAACUGAGGAAUGUUGGGACCUCCAACGACAACUAGCAGCUAAAUUCGCAGCCGGAGAAAUAAAGGACUUGGACCUUAAAAAUCCAUCGCCCUAUCAGAAAAGAGGUCCCAGAGACACCUCCCCAAAGCGCGAGAGGUCACUUGAGAAGGAGACCGAUUCGCCACCUCCAGCUCCCAAGAAAAGAGUCGAUAUAAUUCUUGGAAAAUUCCCCCAAGGAAAAAGUCUACAAGUCGAAGCUCUCUUGAGCACAAACCGUCCCCUCAAUCGAGCCCCGACUCGAGGGUGGACAGUAUCCUUGGAGGAUCAGAUAUAUGUCAAGACUCCGUUAACUCCAUUAAGAAUCACGUACGGAAGGCUGUGUCUAACACUGGUCCUAAGCCUCCCAACCCCGAGUCCAAUACUAAGAUUUCUUUCUGGGAAAGCGAGACCUCAAACCUUGACAGACCUCACGAUGAUCCUCUGAUUGUCACCCUGAACAUCGCAGGAUACGAGGUGCCUAAACUCAUGAAAGACAUAGGAAGCUCUGUCGACCUUAUUUUCUACAACACCCUGAAAGGGAUGAAAAUAGACGACUACGAAAUUAUUGGCCAAAAAGCUAAUCUCAUAGGCUUCUCCGGAGAAACAACUACCUCAUUGGGAACUAUCAAGCUCCCAAUCAUAGCUGGCGGAAUAAUGAAAAUGACCAACUUAGUAGUCAUCGACAGACCUUCCCUGUUCUAUGCGAUCCUAGGAAGACCCUGGAUUCACAAGAUGAAAGCAGUAGCCUCGACUUAUCAUCAAUGCGUGAAAUUCCCAACACCUGAAGGAAUAACUACCGUACAUGGUAGCUAGAAGAUCUCCAGGAUCUGCUACCUGGGAGGAUUCGAAAUCCUCAAAAAGUCCCCCCAAUAGCAAUUACAGAUCCAGGAGGGUCGCGAAAUGCAACAAAAUAUUCGAGGUCCCCCUAAAAACCUCACCGAAAAAGUUUGCAUCGACGACUCAAAUCCUGAAAGACAGGUGAGCAUCGGAUCUGAGCUACCUCUUGAGACAAAAAAGGACCUCAUUGACUUCCUGAAAAGCAAUGUCAAAACCUUUGCAUGGUCCACCAAUGACAUGAAAGAUAUAGACCCGAAUGUCACCACCCACAAACUGAAAGUAGACCCCACUUUCAAACCGAUCAAACAAAAGCGUCGUAAGCUAGGCCUCGAAAAGGCUCAAGCUGUUAACGACGAAGUUGACCGACUUACAAAAGCUGGAUCCAUUCGAGAGGUACACUACCCUGAAUGGUUAGCUAACCCGGUAGUUGUAAAAAAGAAAAACGGUAAAUGGAGAAUAUGUGUAGACUUCACCGACCUAAACAAGGCUUGCCCUAAAGAUAGCUUCCCGUUACCUCACAUCGACCGCCUGGUUGAAGCAACAGCUGGCCAUCGACUCUUAUCCUUCAUGGAUGCCUUCUUAGGAUACAACCAAAUCAUGAUGGAUCCUGAAGACCAGGUAAAAACUGCAUUAAUAACCGAACGAGGAACCUAUUGUUACAAGGUUAUGCCAUUCGGGUUAAAGAACGCAGGAGCUACCUAUCAGAGGCUAGUAAAUAAGAUGUUUGCUGGGCAACUCGGAAAAACCAUGGAGGUCUAUAUUGACGAUAUGCUAGUCAAAUCCUCAGCUGGAGAAGACCAUAUCUCCCACUUAAGGGAAUGCUUCGAUAUCCUCAAUAAGUACGAUAUGAAGCUCAAUUCCACUAAAUGUACCUUGGGUACCCUCAGGCGAGUUCCUAGGUAUUGGGGCUGUGUUGCAGCUUCCUAUGGAGAGCUCUGGUAAGUUUACCGGACAACUUGAUAGGAUCCUUAAUCUCUGCAAAAAGAAUCAAAGGCAAUUAGCACAUCACGAUAAGCAAAAAUAAAUAUGCAAACACAUCCCUAAAAUUCUAACCAGAAAUGUCAGACCAAGAGGUCCUGAGGUCUCGGCCUACAGGAACCGUCGAAGGGUCAAUCUUGACAUAAAAGUACUUCUUCCGCCAGUCAUCAUCACUGGCCGUAAAUUUGAAGACGCCUAGCCCUCGACGACAGGGGAGGUAAUAGGUACCGCUUCUGCCAUCCUUGGAAGUACUCUCCUUUAUCGAGAAGAGACUCAUCAGCUCGGUCAAUCCCACGAUAACUCCUUCUUCCUUGGCCCUAGUGAUGAAUCCGUUUAUCACUCGGAUAACCGAGGAACAAAGUUGGGGAAGGGCCAGUUGAUAAUGAUCCAGGAGAUCUAGCAAGAGGGUGGGGAGAGGGAACCUAAGAUGACACUUAGAGAUAUACUUCUCAUGAACACAGAACCAACCCUCCGGAACGGUUUCGGGGGUUUCGUCUUCGGUACAAGCUCUAGCUAGGUCACUCUUGCCGUGAGCUUGAACAGUAAGGUUGACGACGUCUUGAUUCUUUAAGAGCGACGGAAAGUGAGGUCUAGAGGAGGCGCCAUUGCCACCUUUUUUCUUCAUCCUCUUGACUCUUGCUCCGAUCGAAUCUUUAGCUUUCUUCUUCUUGGCGUCCUUCAUCUUUUCUCUGGCUUCUUGUUUAACCUUCAUAAGACGAGCACCGGAAGCAGAGAUUUGGAUUUCGCCGGAGCCUUCUUUUUGACUCAUGAUUAGUAAAAGGGUAAAGAGAAAGGAGGUGAAAAGGGAAGAAUCGAGUUGAGUUGAGCAAGAACGGAUUCUCUAGAGAACUUAGAGAUGAAGAGCAAGUUCGAUCAAGAAACAGAGAUAAAAAAAACAAAAGAACACGCAGUAAAAUAAAGGAGAUGAGAGAAGUUACCUUGGAAACCGUCGGAGGCGUGGAGAAAGUGAAGAGGCAAGCAGUUAAUACUCGCAGCUUUAUAUCCCAUCACGUCUCGAAAAUCGGAAACCACAUUUCAAACUCUCCUUAAUCUAAACAGUCGAUCUAAUCGAAGAAAAACUACAGCCGUCCGAUUAGGCAGGAAUAUAUAUGGUUGAGAUAGCCAGUAAUCAUUAUCUCAACAAGAAGAUCUAGGCUGGACGGCUAGGUCUAGCUCCAGAGAAUAACAAAGUCUAAUCUCGAAAGCUGGGGGCAACUGUUGGGCCCAAAUAUGGCCCGUUAGCUGACGAUAGAACCAAAACAAGUACUAGGCCGUGAUAAAGCCAAUGCGUAUCGGUGACCUUAGCUAGGGUUUAAUACGAAGCCGGAGGCUGGAAGCUAAGGGCAAUCUUCGAAGAGGUCACGGUGAAGAGGAAGCUCACAUCAUAACAGAAGGAGCGCAGGACCCGGUCAAAGGGAAGCUGUAGCGGAUUCCUCAACAAACGGAGAAGAUCUCGGAGAUCAGUUAAAGAUAAUCAAGAGAAGUCCAAGGCUAUUUAAAGAGAAGGUCGAGGACUAAAGAAGAGGAUCCAGAAUCAACCCAUAUUCGACCCUUAUUCAUUUUUCACGAUCAUUCAUAUAAUCUCAAAAACACUUUGUUAUCUUUGUAAUCAUCAAGUGUAACAUCUCUUUGUAACCAAUCUUUUACCAAGUUAUCAAUACAAAGUCAUAAUUCAUUCUACAAGUUAUUACGGAAUUCAGCCCACGUUAUCUUUCCCUAACCUUUCCUAAACCUUAACCUGAUCUAAAAUCCAGGUGGUGAGUUUAAUCCCUCACACGCCCCUUACCCAUUUAUGAGGUGGUCCAUGGACCUCGUAGGACCACUAGUAGCAUCAGGAAGUGGAAAGAAGAAGCUACGCUUCCUUUUAGUCCUAACAGACUACUUCACGAAAUGGAUAGAGGCAGAAGCUUUCCAACAGGUAACCAGAUUCGAGGUCGAACGAUUCGUGUGGAAAGAUAUCGUGUGUAGACACGGCGUCCCAUAUGAAAUCGUGACUGACAAUGGAGGACAGUUCAUAUCCCACGACUUCAAAAUAUUUUGUGACAAAUGGAAUAUCCGCCUGACCUUCUCAACACCUCAACGCCCUCAAGGAAACAGACAGGCGGAGGCUGCUAAUAAAUCAGUAUUAGCAAACCUCAAGAAAUGACUCGGAACCCAGAAGGAACUCUGGUCAGAAAAGUUACCUGAAGUACUUUGGGCAUGUUAAACCACUCCACAAAAGGCUACAGAGGAAACCCAUUUCUCCUUAGCCUACGGGAUGGAAGCUGUCGUCCCAGCCGAAACCAUUGCUGGUAGCCUCCGCCGGGAACUCUGUACGUCCGAUCCUGUAGCUAAUGAUCAGCUCCUGACGGACAGCCUCGAUCUAAUCGAGGAAAGACGGGACUGGGCCCUGAUUCGCAUUCAAAACUAUCAGCAAGCAAUGGCACGACAGUACAACUCCAAAGUCAGGUCCCGACAGUUCGCUGUAGGUGACCUAGUACUUAAGAAAGUUUUCGAAGGAACCAAAGAACCAGAUGCUGGGAAGUUAGGAACCAACUGGGAGGGUCCUUACCGGAUCAUCCAUGUGGUACGACCUGGCGUUUACAAGCUCCAAAAGGUGCGAACCGGGGUACCUGAAAUCAGAUCGUGGAACGCCACAAAUCUUAAGAGAUACUAUCAUUAGGUACCUAAAAUCCCUGAACUACGUUUGGCUUGAUCCCUUGACUGGGUACGUAGGCAACUCCGUCACGAGUGCAGCCCCAACCUCAUUUCAACACUCUGUUCACCACGACCAAAGGGGGCAUAUGUCUGAUCAAAAUCACAUAGCCCAAGCAACAAUUGUAUGAUUACUAUGAUUCCAUGUAUUCUAUUAUCAAUAAAGCAAUUAUCUUCGAUACCUCGACUUUUUAACAAUUCAGGUCUCCAAGAACCUGAACCUAAGGUCUCAAAAACCUUAACAAUCUCGAAGGUCUUAAAAUCCUUCAAACGAUAUAAAAACUAAUAGACUUAAGCCUAAGGUCUUAAAAUCCUUAGAAACCACCAAGGUCUUAAAAUCCUUCAAACAAAAUCAGAUCUCCACGGAUCUGAACCUAAGGUCUUAAAACCCUGAAACAAAAUCAGGUACCCACGGAUCUGAACCUAAGGUCUCGAAAUCCUUAACAAAAUACAAAAGUCUUAAAAUCCUUAUCAAAUCUCAAAAGGUCUUAAAAUCCUAAGCAAGUCUAAAAGAGUCUUAAAAUCCCACAAACAAAUUCAGGUUCCCAUGAACCACUCUCAAAAGAGAGCCCAAACCGAACUCAGGUUCCCAAAAACCUUGAGCUAACCUUGAUAUUCCAAGAAUUCCUCUUAAGGAACUAAAGACAAUCCAAGUCUUCUAGACUUAUCAUAAAACCCGAGACCUAACUUUGAGGAUUCACUGAACCUCCUAGUUAAUAACCGAAAUACAUUUCCUACCAAAACUCUUAACAAAGUUCGAAUUCAUCCAAAAAUGACUAAGUCAAAUCGAAAGACUUGAAACGAAACUGAAAACCAAGUUUUGAUAAAUAGAGGUUUAAAGGCCUCCUCAGGCCAGCAAAGGUUCAAAAGACCUUGACAUAAACAAAGGUUUAAAAACAUCCUCAGGCUAUAAUUCUUAGAAACAAAUGAAACAAAAGCCCAUUGGGCGGAAAUCCUAGAAACGCAUGAAAGAGCCUCAGCUCUUAAACCUCCUUGUCACCAGAGCUCUUCUCAGCUCCCUUGUCAACCAGAUCAUCCUCCUCAUCAGGAACCUCUUCCUCCAUUUCCUUGUCGUCAUCUCCCGGGGCGGCUUCAACUGGGGCUGAGCAAGAACCCACCAAUCCCAAGUUAGAACCGUACUCUCCAGAAAAGGAGAGAUUAAACAUAUUAACCUCAAAAGUACCUGAGCUCUCAGAGAGUUGAGGAAGAGGGAGCUUGCUGAUCGAGAAGUCCGAGACCUGAGCCUUCUCGUACGCAGCAACUGCCUUCGGCAUCAUAGCCACCAAACGAGUGUACUCGUCUUCAGCACUCUUGAUCUCGUUGUCCAGCAUGUCUUUCAGGAGCUCAGUAUUGGCAUGAAGCUCUUGAGCAUAAACCAGAAGAUCGACUUCAUCCUUCUUCUUGGAGAACUUCUCCUUGACAGAAACCAGAAUCUUGUUGUAAGCGUCAACUAACUCCCUCUUUCCUCUCCGGACGGCUAGCCUGACCUGAGCUUCCUUGUUCUGGCUGUUCUGGGAUGAAGCAAUCAACUCUUUGACCUGGUACUCGGCUAUCUUCCGAGCAGCAUCCAACUCCCUAAUCUUCCUGUUCUUCACCUGGCUGUCAAUCGCUUGGCUCUCGAUCGUCCCUUGAUGAACAUCAGCCUUGGAGCCAAGUCUCUUGACCUCAGUUUGAAGUUCCGAGAUCAGAGCCCAAGUCUGGUUGAGCUCAGUCUUGGUGGCCUUGACUAGAUCAGUAACCUGAGCUAAUUCUUCAGCGCUGGGGGCAUUGUGCACAGUGUCCUCAAACUUGAACUGAGCCCUGUUAAUAGCGCCAGCCAGCUACAAAAACAAAAACAAUGAUUUAGUGGACAUCUUCCGAAAAGGAUCAAGCUAAAAAGUCGAAAUAAAAUUCAUACCUGACCCAUGUAAUGGGCAAUCUCAACAUACUCAUCCUUAUUCGUGAGGUUGGAGAUCGAGGGGAGGGAACACCCGGUUCUCUUCAUAUGCCUCAUCAGCGUAGCCAAACCCCACGAAUCAUCCAAAACUGACCCACGCUUCGAGUGAGCAAAGUUCCAGCCAACGGUUCCCCCUCUAGAAGAGGAGGAGGAAGACCUCGAAGGUCUGUCAACCUGGUCGGUCCUGGACCUCUUGUUCCUCGGAGACUCAAAUUCUGGAGGAUCCUACGCCAUUUGAAGAUCAGCUUCUGUCACCGGAACCUCGGAGGGAAGACCAACUUCCUGAACUCUGGGCUCCGAAGGACCAACAUCUUUAGCAGGAGCAGAGCCUCCAUCAUCGAGGACUUCCUUCACGGAGCUAAGGAAGGAUCCUCCUUGGUUCUUGUCGCUUCCUCGAGAGGAGCUGGCAGCCUUGGUCGAUCUACCCCUGGAACGGAACGAGGGCUGAAUAGGCAUCUUCUGUGACUGAGUGUUUUCAGAGGUACUGGCUCCAGACGAGACUUCGAAUACCGAAUCACCUUCAGAGACUGAAUCAUGAAGAGAAUCAUUAAUUUCACAGUACAGAUUCGAAUAGUGAAAACUAGAAAUUAAUAAAAGAAGGUUACCUUCUAAACCAGCAACCGCUACUGAGUCAGGAAAGGACGCCUUGUAUCGUUCAGGGAACCUAGCUGACCCGACUCUCGUGGUAGUGUAAGCUACCCAGGUAUUGGGGCUGUGCUGCAGCUUCCUAUGGAGAGCUCUGGUAAGUUUACCGGACAACUUGAUAGGAUCCUUAAUCUCUGCAAAAAGAAUCAAAGGCAAUUAGCACAUCACGAUAAGCAAAAAUAAAUAUGCAAACACAUCCCUAAAAAUCCUAACCAGAAAUGUCAGACCAAGAGGUCCUGAGGUCUCGGCCUAGAGGAACAGUCGAAGGGUCAAUCUUGACAUAAAAGUACUUCUUCCGCCAGUAAUCAUCACUGGCCGUAAAUUUGAAGACGCCUAGCCCUGGACGAGAGGGGAGGUAGUAGAUACCGCUUCCGCCAGCCUUGGAAGUACUCUCCUUUAUCGAGAAGAGACUCAUCAGCUCGGUCAAUCCCACGAUAACUCCUUCUUCCUUGGCCCUAGUGAUGAAUCCGUUUAUCACUCGGAUAACCGAGGGACAAAGUUGGGGAAGGGCCAAAUGAUAAUGAUCCAGAAGAUCUAGCAAGAGGGUGGGGAGAGGGAACCUAAGAUGACACUUAGAGAUAUACUUCUCAUGAACACAGAACCAACCCUCCGGAACGGUUUCGGGGGUUUCGUCUUCGGUACAAGCUCUAGCUAGGUCACUCUUGCCGUGAACUUGAACAGUAAGGUUGACGACGUCUUGACUCUUUAAGAGCGACGGAAAGUGAGGUCCAGAGGAGGCGCCCUUGCCACUUUUUUCUUCAUCCUCUUGACUCUUGCUCCGAUCGAGUCUUUAGCUUUCUUCUUCUUGGCGUCCUUCAUCUUUUCUCCGGCUUCUUGUUUAACCUUCAUAAGACGAGCACCAGAAGCAGAGAUUUGAAUUUCGCCGGAGCCUUCUUUUUGACUCAUGAUAAGUAAAAGGGUAAAGAGAAAGGAGGUGAAAAGGGAAGAAUCGAGUUGAGUUGAGCAAGAACGGAUUCUCUAGAGAACUUAGAGAUGAAGAGCAAGUUCGAUCAAGAAACAGAGAUAAAAAAAAAAAAGAACACGCAGUAAAAUAAAGGAGAGGAGAGAAGUUACCUUGGAAACCGUAGGAGGCGUGGAGAAAGUGGAGAGGCAAGCAGUUAAUACUCGCAGCUUUAUAUCCCAUCACGUCUCGAAAAUCGGAAACCACAUUUCAAACUCUCCUUAAUCUAAACCGUCGAUUUAAUCGAAGAAAAAAUACAACCGUCCGAUUAGGCAGGAAUAUAUAUGGUUGAGAUAGCCAGUAAUCAUUAUCUCAACAAGAAGAUCUAGGCUGGACGGCUAGGUCUAGCUCCCGAGAAUAACGAAGUCUAAUCUCGAAAGCUGGGGGCAAUUGUUGGGCCCAAAUAUGGCCCGUUAGCUGACGAUAGAACCAAAACAAGUACUGGGCUGUGAUAAAGCCCAACGCGUAUCGGCGACCUUAGCUAAGGUUUAAUACGAAGCCGGAGGCUGGAAGCUAAGGGCAAUCUUCGAAGAGGUCACGGUGAAGAGGAAGCUCACAUCAUAACAGAAAGAGCGCAGGACCUGGUCAAAGGGAAGCUGUUGCGGAUUCCUCAACAAACGGAGAAGAUCUCGGAGAUCAGUUAAAGAUAAUCAAGAGAAGUCCAAGGCUAUUUAAAAAGAGAAGGUCGAGGACUAAAGAAGGGGAUCCAGAAUCAACCCAUAUUCGACCCUUAUUCAUUUUUCACGAUCAUUCAUAUAAUCUCAAAAACACUUUGUUAUCUUUGUAAUCAUCAAGAGUAACAUCUCUUUGUAACCAAUCUUUUACCAAGUUAUCAAUACAAAAUCAUAAUUCAUUCUACAAGUUAUUACGGAAUUCAGCCCACGUUAUCUUUUUCUAACCUUUCCUAAACCUUAACCUGAUCUAAAAUCCAGGUGGUGAGUUUAAUCCCUCACACGGAUUGAGCGAUGCAGGACAAACAGUUUAACUCCGGUGCGGUUCUAACAGUUAUAAAAACGUAUAGAUAUAUGGUAUAUGUAGAAAUUUUUGUUACUAUUAACUGCAGUGCGGGGCGGGACGCCAUUUACCAUUUGAAGCCAGUCAGUGGUUCAUCCUAUGAUAUCAGCCAUCAAUUUUCUGAUAAGAGAACCAAAAUGAUGGAAUAUGGAGUUACUAAUAGCUAUGUAAGUCAGGAGGACAUCCAUCGAGUCAAAUGGCCAUAAGUCAAACUCCUAAUUGAAAUGAUUACUGAUGAAGCUACACGAGUAAUAGUAUGUAGAUAGUUAAAUCUGGGUGGAUGGUUAGAAAUUUGUUUAAUAAAAAGCUGAGGAUAUGUUUUCAAUACCGAGCAUUAUAAAAUUCCAAGUCUUUACUCGGAAGAUCAAAGCCCCAUCAGAAAAUUCAUCAUCUUAUAUGGAAAAUUCAUCUCCUAACUUAACAAAUAUUGUCUCUUGCAGCAAUAUUACUCCACCUUUCAUAUUCCCCAACUCGAGUCAUUUCAUAAAUAUAGGCUAUCUUUUCAGGCAAAAAACUGAUAUUGAAGACCUGAAUCUGAACAUAGAUCUAUAACCUGAGUAAUAUGUGAACCAUCAAGUGCAGGUUCUGUGAGAUUUACAACGAAAAUUAUACAAUAACAUGUUUCCUUUUCAUUGUCGUUGAGGUGAGCUCGGGAUACCAGCCUAAAGGCACAUAUAUGGGUCUUAUCAGAUCUCCUUGAGAAUUCUGAAAAUUUAAAUGUCUUGGUGUAUCUUAGGUAUGUGUUGGCUAUCCAGUUUGUAAAUGGAACCAUCGAGUCUUUUCCAUUAUGCGAUCUACAUUGGGUGUUGAACUAGUAGACAUGUGGACCCUUAAGUUAAGUUGCAUUAGAUUCACAUUAGUUUGCUCGACAUAUCUCGGAAAAUACUUGAGGUCAAUUGAUCCAUGUACAUUGAUAUGUAGUAAUGGAUUUGGUAGUACUUGGCCGUUGUAGGCCUGGGCAUUUUACCAAGAUCCGAGGAUCCAGCCCCAAACCGACCUGGAGAAUUCCGGUUCUGGUAGGAACCAAACCAAUUUUUUCACUUUAGUGGGUCUUGUGUGGAGGACCCACGGAUCUUGGACCCAAACCCGAGACCCGAUGGGAUACUCAAAAUACCUGAAACUUCUAGUAUAUAUUAGAUAUAUAUGGAUGUUUCAGUACAUUUUAGUAUUAUGGAUAACUUUUAGAGUUUUGGAUUUUAUAUUUUUGGGUAUGGUUUUGGAUUUCAGAUAAAAUUUUAAAUUUUCAAAAAUAUAAUAUGGAUAAUCAGAUAAAAUUUCGGAUAAUUUUCACGUCUUCUGAUCAGAUUUUAGGUAAAAUUUUGGAUAUUUUCGUGUAUUUAAAUAUUUUAAGGUAUUUUGUAUGUUUGGAUAUUUUGGGGCUGGACCAGACAAGAUCUAAACCGAACCCGAUCCGGAACCAAACCGAACCCGAACAAAAAAAAAUUAAUUACCUUAUUGGAUCCAACUAUAUAAGACUCAAACCGACUUGUAUCCGACAAGACCCGAAGCAAACCCGAACCGAUAAAUUCCAAUUACCCUUUUGCAUCUUAAUAUAUAAGACCUUUUCCGUUAGUGGAGCUGCUUUAGUCGGAUCCACGUGAUUUACUAGAGGCCUAUCAUCUCGAGGAUUAAAUUUUUGAGCCCAGUGGUGGAGGUGGAGAUCACUCGUGGCGAUUGACGACUCCAAACUCUAGGGUGGUCUAUGGGGAAGUCACAAAUGGAAGGAGGUCUGCGAUGUCAACUGGUACAUGACGUGAUCGCCUUCAGCUGUAGCGACGUUAAUUGUUGAGUCACUUUUGUCUGUCGAGGAGGCGAGCCUCGAGAGCUCGAGCAGUUGCCUCACUCCAACGUGUUUGAUCCCACAAGUGUGGUGUCAUCCUUAGACUUUUAUUUAGAUUGUUUGUUGUUUCCGGAAGUGGAGAGGUAGGCCGUUGACUUGGUCUGGCUCUGACAAUAGGCGAACUAUUUCUCCGAUUCCAUAGCCGCGAGCUAGGUUUUUCAGUGUGAAGGCUUACCGGAGGGAUUUAGGAGAGAGUCGUCACGUUCACGGCUGAAGAGUUCUUUGGAGCAGAUGUAUGGGAUCCGUCGUUGGUUGGAGUGUUGUUGGGUUCCCAAGUGGUGAUAUUUUAUGCUGAGUCAGAAUGGCAUCGGUUGUUUGAAUCAGUGCAUCAUUGCGGUUGGAUUCACUAGUUAUGGGAUAUAUUUUGGUCUGGCUGAUAUUUGAUCGAUUCUUAUAUUAAAGAUGGUUUUUUUAUUAUUUGGUCUGGUCUGGAUAUAUUAACUAUGUUAUUACAAAUUAUGCUAAACAUUAUAUCACUGAUAUUACAAUUGACAAUUUUAUU